CCGCCUCCGCCGCCCGGAGGCCGGGGCGCGCAAGGCUCACUUCAAGGCCUGAGCAGCGUGAAUCGGCGGCCUCCGGGCGGCGAUCCAGGGCGGCGCAGGGCCUGGGUGGGAGCCCGGAGGCGAACCAGCAUGGAGGCGCUGCUACUAGGCGCGGGGUUGCUGCUGGGCGCCUACGUGCUUGUCUACUACAACCUGGUGAAGGCCCCGCCGUGCGGCGGCAUCGCCAGCCUGCGGGGCCGCACGGCCGUGGUCACUGGCGCCAACAGUGGCAUCGGGAAGAUGACGGCGCUGGAGCUGGCGCGCCGGGGAGCGCGCGUGGUGCUGGCUUGCCGCAGCCGAGAGCGUGGUGAGGCAGCCGCCUUCGACCUCCGCCGGGAAAGUGGGAACAAUGAGGUCAUCUUCAUGGCCUUGGACUUGGCCAGUCUGGCCUCUGUGCGAGCCUUUGCUACUGCCUUCCUGAGUUCCGAGCCACGGCUGGACAUUCUCAUCCACAAUGCCGGUAUCAGUUCCUGUGGCCGGACCCGUGAGCCCUUUAAUCUGCUGCUGCGGGUGAACCACGUGGGCCCCUUCCUGCUGACACAGCUGCUGCUGUCCCGGCUGAAAACGUGCGCCCCCAGCCGCGUGGUGGUGGUAUCCUCAGCUGCCCAUCGGCGCGGGCGCCUCGACUUCACCCGCCUGAACCACCCAGUGAUAGGCUGGCAGCAGGAGCUGCGGGCAUAUGCUGACAGUAAGCUGGCCAACGUAUUAUUUGUCCGGGAGCUGGCCACCCAGCUUGAAGGCACUGGCAUCACCUGCUACGCAGCCCACCCAGGGCCUGUGAACUCAGAGCUAUUCCUGCGCCAUGUUCCAGGAUGGCUGUGCCCACUUCUGCGCCCACUGGCCUGGCUGGUGCUGCGGACACCAAGAGGGGGUGCCCAGACCCCUCUGUACUGUGCUCUACAGGAAGGCAUUGAGCCUCUCAGUGGGAGAUACUUUGCCAACUGCCAUGUAGAGGAGGUACCCCCAGCAGCCCGAGACGACCGGGCAGCCCACCGGCUGUGGGAGGCCAGCAAGAGGCUGGCAAGGCUGGGGCCUGGGGAGGAAGCCGAGCUUGAUGAAGAUUCCCAGCCUGAGGACCCAGGGGCCCCAUCUUCUCGGAGCACCCCCCACCCUGAGGAGCCCACAAUUUCUGAACCCUACCCCAGCCCUCAGAGUUUACCAGAUUUGUCUAAGGUCACAUGCCGAAGUCAGAUUAAAGCUGAGCCUAAAAUCCCAACCUCCUAAUCCCCAGGCCAAGUGCUUUCUACGGCACUUCAUGGCCCUUGAAGACUCCAGCUGUCUGCCAGGCCAGGCCUUGGGCUGUGAGGAGGUUGCAAGUUUUACCUCCAGGGUUACGUUCUGGGGCCUCGAGGUGUAUCCUGGACCUCUCUUUUCCUGGCGGAAGGAAAUAACUGGUUAUUAUUUCUCCCCACCCCUCACAGGGUAACAGUAACCCCAGAUUGGGGGUGGGGUAAUGUGCCAGACACUGUGCUUCUUGGAAAUUUGAAUUUCAGAUUUCCGGACUCCACAGUCAGUGAUUCUGACUGGCUCCAGAUUCCAAAAUAAAAACAAAUCCGUUUCUGUUGAGUCAAUCCCAACUCAUAGUGACCCUGUAGGACAGAGUAGAACUGCCCUAUAGGGCAGACUGCCACAUCUUUCUCCCGUGGAGCUGCUGGUGGGUUCGAACUACCAACCCUUUGGUUAGCCGCAGGACACUUAACCACCGCACCACCUUAGCUCCGGGUUAAAAGACCCAACCAAACCCAUUGCCGUCCAGUCGAUUCCGACUCAUAGCGGCUAGAAAUUUGUGAUUAGAUGCACUACGAACGUUGAGAAUUACUGAACUGGGCCCUUUGCAACCAUUCAACUACGUAGUUAUAACUACUCCCAUUUUACAGACGGAAGAUCAGGCUCCAGAGGUAAGGGACUCGCCCAGUCUCACAGCUACUUAGAGCAGGGGCUGGGAUUUGAACCCAGGCACUCUGGCUCCAAGGCUGAGGCUGUAAGGUCAGUGCUGGGAGGUCAGUCAGGGCGGGGCGAUUGUCAUCGAGGUGCCCCGUGGGGGUAGCGGGACGCCUCCCCCGAGGGCCUGACAGCUGGGCUCCGCAAUCCGGACCCCUGUAAUAAAGCGUUCAGACCUCCCAGGCUCGCACUCUCCUGCCGCACUCAACAUGCCGGCCCCGCCCUCCGCCGCCACACUUCCGGCGGGGCUGCGACCACGGAGGG